GAGGUUGAGCUCGCAGCUCGCGUAGACGGCGUAUGCAACCCGCCUCACUCUAGAGAAAUGGCCGCAGCUAUGAGGUCCGUCUGCCGACUGCUGGCUCGUUCCAGCCAAAAUUCGGCUGCUGUUUCGGCAGCCCCGGCGUUGAGCCCUUCACAGCGCAAUUAUGGAACCGGAAAGCGCAUUGAAGUGGCCAAGCCAAUUGUCGAAUUGGACGGUGAUGAAAUGACACGCAUCAUCUGGGAAAAGAUCAAGGAAAAUCUCAUCUUCCCAUACCUCAAGCUGGAGUGCCUGUACUACGAUCUUGGCCUCCCCUACCGCGACGCCACUGACGACCAAGUCACACUCGAUUCCGCUUAUGCCAUCCUGAAGCACAACGUGGGCAUUAAAUGUGCCACCAUCACCCCUGACGAACAACGAGUUGAAGAGUUCAAGCUGAAGAAAAUGUGGCCGUCGCCGAACGGCACCAUCCGUAACAUCUUGGGCGGCACCGUUUUCCGCGAGCCCAUCAUUUGCAAAACAAUUCCCCGCAUUGUGCCUGGCUGGACCCAGGCCAUCAUUAUCGGCCGCCACGCGCACGGUGAUCAGUACAAGGCGACUGAUUUCGUUUGCGGCAAGCCAGGCAAGGUGGAGCUGGUCUACACCCCGGUGGGAGGUUCUCCUCAGCGCCUGGAGGUUUUCACCUUCACCGGCCAGGGCGGCGUGGUCAUGGGCAUGUACAACACCGACGAGUCGAUCAGGGCGUUCGCCCACUCUAGCUUCCAAGUGGCCCUGAAGAAGAAGUGGCCUCUGUACAUGAGCACCAAGAAUACCAUCCUCAAGCGAUACGAUGGUCGUUUCAAGGACAUCUUCGAAGAAAUCUAUGAGGCCGAGUACAAGAAAGACUAUGAAGCCGCUAACAUCUGGUAUGAGCAUCGCUUGAUUGAUGACAUGGUCGCUCAAGCUCUCAAGUCAAAUGGUGGAUUUGUUUGGGCCUGCAAGAACUACGAUGGAGAUGUCCAGUCUGAUAUUGUCGCUCAAGGAUACGGCUCGCUUGGUCUGAUGACCUCUGUACUUAUGUGCCCCGACGGCAAGACAAUCGAAGCUGAAGCUGCUCACGGAACUGUGACCCGCCACUACCGCCAGCACCAGAAGGGUCUGCCGACCUCGACCAACCCGAUUGCCUCCAUCUUUGCUUGGACCCGAGGCCUGGAGCACCGCGCCAAGCUCGAUGGAAACCCCGAACUCGAGCGUUUCUGCUCUCUGCUGGAGCAGGCGUGCGUUGAGACAGUCGACGCCGGCCACUUGACCAAGGAUUUGGCCGGUUGCAUCCACGGACUGAAGAACGUCAAGGAUGGUAUGUUCCUGCACACCUUGGACUUCCUCGAUGCCAUCAGGGAGACCCUGGAAAAGAAGCUUGCUGGAAAGUGAUUUCUCAUUUUUCCACGUUGAUGCCCUGGAUCUUUCCUUGUAAGCGCCCAGCGCAAUUCCACAACUCGGUUUUUAAACUCAGAAAUCAUAGCAAAGGUAGACCAGACCGUUUUAAUCAAAGUUUAAAGUUGAGUAAGAAUCAAAGUCAUUUUCUCCUGACUCUUUUAAAUUUCAGAGACUUAAUUUAACAUUAUUGUGCAAUGAGGUUGAGUACUCAGACUGAAUAAAAGUAUUUUAUGGCGCUUGA